AUGAAGACUUCAUCGCUAGCGAGCAUUGCUUUGUUGCAAUUCCUUCGCGCCAAUGCUGACUACACUUGGCCUUCUAAACAUGAUUUCCUUGAAGAUCUCAUAAGUAUCCAGAGUGGCUAUAUCCACGAAGGCUUCGGAGAUGCUGUCAACCCUUGCGGCUCAUCCCCCGACGGACAUGGCCGCCAGUCGGCAGCAGAAUGGAUACGAUCUGCUUACCAUGACAUGUCCACCCAUGAUGUCAACACCGGUCAUGGAGGAAUGGAUGGGUCCAUCGUUCUGGAGACAGCGCGCGAUGAAAACGUCGGAGACGCAUUCAACAGUACCUUCGGUUUCAUGGAGAUUUGGCAUACCUCGCGCUCUUCCAUGGCAGACUUGCUCGCCAUCGGCGUCAAGGUUGCAUCCGCAUCUUGCCAAGGCCCUGAAGUAGCCUUCCGCGCUGGCCGCAUCGACGCAACCGACUUGGGAGUUACGGGCGUGCCAAAACCCGAUCAAGAUCUCAAGACACACACGACCAAGUUCGCAAACCAGGGCUUCAACGUUAGUGACAUGAUUGCCAUGGUGGCAUGCGGCCACGCCUUCGGCGGCGUGCACGGAAAAGACUUCCCCGAGAUAACGGGCGAUGACAGCGAGGAUAACUUCCCGCACUUCACUUCCACCAGCGUCGGUGGUUUCGACAACAGGGUCGUCACUGACUACCUGAACGGCUCGUCGACGAACCCUCUCGUUGUGGGCAAGAAUGAGACAAACAACUCGGACAAACGCAUUUUUGGCGCCGACGGCAACGUCACUAUGCAAGCUCUCGCCGACCCGGCCACCUUCAUGGAGCGCUGCUCAGACAUCUUUACCCGCAUGAUCGACACCGUCCCCGCCGCCGUCACGCUCUCCGACGUCAUCGAUAGUCUCGACGUGAAGCCCUACGGCUUGCAGUUGUCACUGAACUCGGAUGCCAAAACGCUGCACUUUAGUGGAAAGAUCCGCAUCAAGACGACGAAGCGCGAUGCUAAUGACAUGAGCGUGUCACUAGCGUACCGCGAUCGCAACGGCAAGUCGUGUAACAACUGCAAGAUCGCUACGACCAUUGCUGUGCUUCGCGGCGGCCAGAGCUACAACUGGAAAGACACAUUUAACUGGUUCGAGUUUGAUACGACACUCGAUGCCGACACAUCCAUCUCCGGAUUCGACGUUCUCAUCACCGAAGCCGGAAAGACUGAGACACGGGAUAACAACGGCCAUGGCUAUCCAGUUCAGGACAGUAUCCUUUACCAGUUCGACCAGUCGUGCCUCCCCCAAGAAGCGGACGCGGACGGCAACUGGCCUCUGCAGGUCGUGGCCGCUAUCCGCAAAGACAGUGUUUCCGUUCCUGCUGUUCUUGAAUUUGCGGCUAAGGUCCCGAGACAGGGGUCCAUUACACCUCGUUUGGAAGUACAGUCGAGCAAGUUCGAGAAGAUUGAGGGUGGCGAGAAGGGUCAGUAUGUUCUAUUCAAAGCGACGCAACCGGUGCUGCCGGCCUCUUGGAGUUCCAAUAUGGAUUUGGUUCUUGGUAAAGGGGAUGCGGAGAAGAUGGUUGAGUUUCAGCGCACAAAUGAGAUAGGACAGGAGUGUAAGGCAUUUUAA